AUGAUGAGCGAUAGUUCGGAAAAGAAAUCAAAGAAAAAAAAAGACAAGAAAGAUAAAGUAAAAACUAUUGGAAACAAAUAUAGGUUGGGAGAAACCCUUGGUAGGGGUGGUUUUGGUGUUGUCUAUAAAGCCUAUAACAUGGAUACGGGUGAAUUCGUUGCUGUCAAAAGAGUCACUGUUAAGAAAUGUUCCAAAGAACAAAUUGAAACCAUUCAUACCGAAAUCAAUUUGCUAAAAAAACUGAAGCACAAUAGAAUUGUUCGCUAUAUUGAUCAUAUUCCCUCUAAAACAAAAUUAUAUAUUGUGAUUGAGUUUGUGGAAACAGGAUCCCUAUUAGACAUUGUACAAAAAUACGGUAACAUGAAAGAAAAUGUAGUUUGCAAAUAUGUAGCUCAAGUUUUGGAAGGAUUGCAAUAUCUGCACUCUGAAGGUGUCAUUCACAGAGACAUCAAAGGAGCAAACAUUUUGACAACAAAAGAAGGAGACAUCAAAUUGGCAGACUUUGGUGUAGCAGCAACAUUGGCUGAUGUUGACGAUAAUCCAGUAGGGACACCGUAUUGGAUGGCACCUGAGAUUAUUGAAAUGAAUCCCUCUACACCUGCUUCUGACAUUUGGAGUUUGGGAGCCACCGUAAUUGAACUUUUAAACGGAGAACCUCCCUACUUUUCAUUGGAUGCCAUGCCUGCUUUGUAUAGAAUUGUUCAAGAUCCACACCCUCCGCUUCCCUCAGGAAUUUCCAGUGAAUGCGAAGACUUUUUGAUGGAAUGUUUUAAGAAGCAUCCUGGGUCAAGAAAAACUGCAGAACAACUUUUACAACAUCCAUGGAUUCUUCAAGCCAAAAAGAAUGCACAAACACAAAACAAGCCUUCCACAAAUACCGAUAAGGAAGGAGAAAAGAAAACCACUCAGUUAAAGAAAUAUAAUGAAGAUGAAGAGGAAGAUGAUUUUGAUUUUGGUGAAGAUGAUGACGGAUUAGCAUUGAAGAUUGGCGACAAACUAAAAUCACCAGUUAAGGAUGAUCCAUUUGGGGAUUCUGACGAAGAGGACAAAAAUCCUUUUUCUAAUGUUGUAAACAUUAGACCAGAAAAUAAGGAAAAAUUCUUCCCAAAUCAAUCCUUCUUCGGAGGACCAACCACCAAAAAGAAUUUGGCUCUAUACAAAGAGGAUGACGACGAGGAUGGAGUAUGGGAUGAAGAUGAAGAAUGGGAUAAUGAUAAAAAUGAUAAAGGGGAAGAUUUAUUUGCUAAAAUGCAAAAACUGCAAGGAAGACCAGUUGACGAAAUUGGUGACGACGAUCCAUUUUUCCAAGACACAUUUGAAGAUGCGUUUGACGAUAUGGAUAAGAAUGCAGAUGAUGAGCUUAUGAAACCUGAAAAGGAUUUUAUUACUUUGUUAGAAAGAUUCCAACAAGAUGGAUUGACAGAAGAUCUUUUCGUAUCUCAAUGUGACAAAAUAAUUUUCUUACUUUCGGAGUUUGCUAGGUUAAAAUGUAGAGUGAAAUCUCUUGUUCCAAUACCAUUUGUGGAAUUACUAUCCAUGUCUCAGCAAUAUACUCCCUCGUUUAAAACCAUUGAAGCUGCAUUGAAAUUGAUUAAUCAAUUUAUUGCUGAUGACGACAUUGCUUGGAUUCAGGAAAAUAUUCAUUUUAAGGAAACUCUUUGUUUGGUCGGUAUUUUACCGAACAUCAUGCAAUUUUGUCACAAGAACUAUCCAUAUGCUGUGAGAUAUCAAGCUGGCUCUUUUAUUAGAAGUAUUUUUAAAACAAGCCACUUCACCGUGAGAAUGUUUAUUGGAUGUCAAGGAAUCAGAGUUCUUGUAGAUCUGUUGGCACAUGAUAACGAUACAUUAGAAACCGGUCUUGCUUUAGUUUUUGAAACAAUUGAAAAUAUUGAACAAGUAUUCGACUUACCACAAGAAGCAAUCAAAACUCCUAAAAAUGACUUUUGUAGAUUAUUUGCUAAGAAUGGUUUGAUGCUUCGGCUAAGUGAAGUACUAUUACUUUUGGUGCGAAAAUUCACAGCAAGUAUGGAAGAAAAGACUAUCAAGAAAUAUCUAGAUAAGACCAUUUCUCUACUUUUGCUCUUCUCCAGUAUGGACUCUGUUGUAAGAGCACACAUUGCCGAAGUAGCUUCCCUAAAACGUAUCCUUGAAGCCUUUUCUAUUCUCGACAUUAAUCAAGAAGCUCAACGAAAAUUCAAACUUACCAUAGCAAUUAUUACAAAGAACUUGGCUACCUAUCCUGUAACAUUUGAGUCAUUUGAGAAAGCAGAUGGUAUUCCUGUACUUGUCAAGACAUUGGCAUUGAGAGAUGCUGACAUUGGAAAUCAAAUGAUUACCGCUCUGCUCCAUCUUACACGAUUCAACAAGAAAAGACAAAUUAUUGCUGUUGAAGCAGGAAUUGUUCCCGAAAUACAGUACUUAAUCAAUAAUGACAGUAUUUUAAAGACGUUUGCUGUGGAUAUGCUUUGUGAAAUUGUAAGAGUGAACGUACCCAGUGUCAGAAAGGAGUUGAAAGAACACAAAAUGUUAGAAUUUUAUAUUAAUGUGUUAGGAGUUCAAAACUGGCAGCUCAAAGCCAUGGAAUCUCUCAGCAAAUGGUUGAACGAGGACAAGGAAGGCGUGGAGACCGUUUUAGCCAAACCAGAAAACAUCAACAAGCUUGUAGAAAUGUUUUGUAGUGCUCCAUCUAGAUUUGUAUCAUCUCCUCUUCUCAGUAUAAUCUCCACUUCAGUGAAACUUAGCAAAGCUUUAAGUCAAUCCCAUGAAUUUAUCACCAAAGUUGUAAAGCACGCUUUACUUCAACCUCAUUCAGAUAAGAAGGUUAGAUCAGAUCAACUUAAAAUAGUACAAAGCCUGUACAAGUGGUGUGACCAUCCAAAAGUUAUGACAACAGAACUUUAUUCUGUUAUUUUCCGUAUUAGGGAGAGUGAAAGCUCAAUUCUCAUCAAGGAUCUUGCUGAUGACUUAAUAUCAGCGUUUGAGUUGAACCUCAAGAUGUAA